AUGGCCAAUGUGUCCUUCUAUUCUGUCGAUGCUGCAGUGGUGAUGCUGAAUAACACUCUGUUUAUACAAGGAGAGUUUGCCGCACUGGACAAUCUACCUGUUCGCGACCAAAUUAAACAUGACAUUCAAGUUGAUAGACGAAACAGUAUUCCAUCAUCCAUUAUACUGCAAAAUGUACCUCAAAAUAGUUCAAUUCCAAAAGUGCCUUUUAAAGAUAUUUCAAACUUGACCAGUACUCUGUCACUAGCACCUGUUCAGACAAACAUACAAGAAGUUGUGUCUUUGGAUAUCUUUAGCAAUCGAUUAAACUCUCGUAAACAAACACCACCAAGAGCGUUUCCAGUCCAAUCACAAUUUGGAAUCAAGCCUGGUGUUGCUCAGUGUCGGUUAACCAAAAAUACUACAUGGAGUGUAGUGUGUUUACAGGUGAAACUCCCCGUUGAGUACACCCCUAGGAUCGGCUGCACAAUGCAUCUUGUUGCCUCAAUGUUAAUAUCAAUCAUGGGAUGCGUGGUUCCAUCUAUAGAAUCAGGCGGGCAAAUAGUCUCGAGCAAUAAUUCCAGCAUUAUGCAUCCGCAAACCAAUACAAGCAACUUGAGUGUAGGUCAAGUAUUGCAGUUUGUGAACUCUUCGGCGUACUCGCUUUCAGUCACUGCAUCGACAGACUCAAUGCCAAUGAUCGGUUCCAGUCAACCGUCAUUACAACCCACAUUUAAUAGCACUCAUUUGCAUAGGUAUCGACACUCGAGUGUUUGGGAUCCGAUUGACAAUCGUGGAAUUGUUUUUGGUGGAAUAGGACCAACUGGUCCCGAAAACUCGAUUCUGCUUUAUGAUCUAGCCACACAAGCAUGGUCAAUUCUACAGCCCAUAAACGCAACAUUACCCAUAUCUGAUCAUGCUUCAUUUCUUGUUCAUCCAUACCUAAUUUCAUGCUUUGGUCAAGUUUAUACUACUGUAGACAAUCAACUAUUGCCAUCAGUCACAAAUGCGUGUACAGUAACCGAUAUCAAUACAUGGAUAAUAUCAUAUCCAGCAGUGCAAUCCAACUCUCAAUCAUCUCACAAUUUCACUGAAAUAGAUCUGAUAAAUACCACACCAUCAGCACGAACUGGAGUCCGAAACGCAAUGGUAUUUAUCCCCAUACUCGACGCCUACCUCGUUUUUGGCGGUGGUGUAUUGAGCACCAAUUAUACUGUCACCUCGGUGUUUAACGAUGUCUGGUCGCUUCAUAUUCAAGACUUACCCGAUACAAUCUUAUGGAUUAAGCACAUUCCAGAUGGCGAUGGUCCAUCUCCUAGGCUCUAUCAUUCUGUUGCGCUCCUUGACAACGAAACCAUCAUGGUAUGGGGUGGGAUUGACCUACAAUCUCGAGUUUUGACUGAUGGAGCUUAUUUUCUUAAUUUUAAAUCCUGGACAUGGAGCGCGUCACCUAUUCUCACUUUUCAAGAACCACUCACACCUGACAAUACAACUCUACCUCGAUCUACUAAAACUAAUCUUUCAUUAUGGGCAUUUCCGGGGUCUGCUGGGUAUAUUGCAUUUGCAAUUUUCCUCGGAUUAUUUGCAGUUAUUAUGGUAAAACUGGCCAUCAACACAGCACAGAAAUAUAGCUCAAAAAACGUUCAUUCCCAACCACUUCAGCGCCGAUUGCGCAGUGUAAGCCGUGAAAGUGUGAUCAGUUACAGCAGUAUAAAUAGUCAAUUACACACUCGAUUCUCUUCACAAAACGCAGAAACCGGUAGUUUACCGAGUGAGCCAACAAGGCCAUUACGAGCACAUGUUCAAAGCUGGUGUUUGGAAAACACGGCUCGAAAUAUUGUUGGUGUGAUUGCUGGUGAUGACGAACAAAGGUUGAAAUCAGUCAAUGAAAGUACACUAACGAUCCCACCUCCAUCUUUUUGUUGCGAUAAGGAGCGACCCCACAGUUUGAUCCAACUUGAAGACUGGCCGUUGGUAAAAAUUAGUAUUCCAAACUCUACUUCACUUUGUAGCAAAGAGAGUUUGGAUAAAACACAACACAUGAUGGCUUCUAAAUCAAAGGCAAUUGCGUAUCCAUGUCCUGGAACAUCACCUACUUCCGUUCCAGUGACUCCAUUUGAUAGUUUACAAAAUUUACCCCCGCUGGUGUUUUCCGACGAAUCUCGACGAGUAUCGACUAUUUUGCCAUGUUCCGAAUCAUCACUUUCAAGUAAAGAUUUCAGUGAUAAAUCAACUCCUGCUAAACCAAAUACACUAGCCAGUUCAAACAUACAAAUUACUUCUGACAGUUCAAUUGAUUUAGCAAUCCCGUGUUUACAAGAUAUGCUUAAUACAUCCCGCAACCAUUGCCUUACAAAACCAACAUACCAUAGCCAAACUGAAGACGCUACGCCAUCCGUUCGAUCUAUGCAAUGGAUUCCGUUUGAAUAUGGCAAGGAAAGCGGAUUUCAAGAUUUUGGUCAUUUAUCUACUCCAGCUGAAUUUCCAGCAAUUACCAAUACUGAAACUCACUCUCCAGCCGUGGUUUCUCCUGAAAAGCGUCUAAUUCAAACAGCAUUGAAGCGUCUUAGUACUGUAUUUAGCAUUUCUUCAUUUUCAAAAAAAAGUAUGCCAUUGCCAUCUUUUGAAACUCUUCCCUUUCAUGCAAAUUCAUCACCUAAAUCAAAAGAAACUUCAGUUUGCUUUUCAAGCACUCAGCUUGCUACAGAUUCAAAUUUGAGUAGUCUUGAACCAGAGUUACAGCAUAUCUCAUUACUCAAUACCAACACGACAAAUCUUGAUCGAAAGCGACGGUUUAAAAAACCAUUGCAUAUUCAAACUCAAGGACUUUUUAAAGAUGAAUCACUCGACAAAUACACUCCCACAGAUGCCACAUCUCGAGCAACAUCAUUUUGGCAACACAAAUCUAAACUUGUUUCGCAUCAUUCCACUAUAUUGAUGUCCCCUUUUAGCGGACCCCAACGAUCAAAGUCUACUGUAUCAUUGGUAUCGCCUCAUACACCGAAACAUCCAUUGUCCAUGCUUUUUUCAAUACCGCCCAGCUCGUUUGUGAGUAAACCAGAGUCAAUAGCAUCCACUUCGCCCCACUCAAUGUUAUUGUCCCCUUCAGUAGCUUCAAUUGAAGUAGAUGUAAAUGAUAUACACGAUGGAAUUGGUCAUGGACCCAUGGUGAUUACCACUGAACAGAUGAAAGAUGUACCUUGCAAAGGAAUCAUCACUGUGCUUGAGCCUCACGAUUGCAUCCAUCAGCUACCUCAUCAAAGACCUUAUGUACGAGAUACGUUGACCAUUAGAAACACAGGUGUAGAUCCAUAG